AUGGAUGGUAUUAGUGGCGAGUCUGGUGAUGGCCUCGACCUGGACAUGUCCUCGCAGAUGUUCUCGGGAUACAGCGGCGAUGGAAGUCCGGUGAAUCCCAAUCAGUUGGGUGCAAAUGCCCAAGAUGACGAUCGAAUGGAUGGGGAUCCGAAAAGGAGAAGAAUCGCAAGGGCUUGCGACAUGUGUCGCAAGAAGAAGAUAAAGUGCGAUGGGAAGAUGCCAAAAUGCACCCACUGCAUCAAUUACAAGACAGAAUGCAUCUUCACGCAAGUGGAAAAGAAGAGGAAUCCGCCCAAAGGUGCCAAAUAUAUCGAAGGAUUGGAAAACCGUAUGAAGAGACUGGAAGGCUUGUUGAAAAUGGCGGGACUCGCGGACAGCGAAACCGACCUCCCGUCCAUUGAACGUCGCCUGCAGGAACGCUCUCAAGGCUCGCAGCACACCCAGUCGAAUGGAAUGUACAUGCAAGCUGCCAUGUCAUCGGCACUAGGAAAUACGCGCCCAGGAUCGUUGCAAUCGACUCCCCAGAUGGAAUCUAUUUCAAGUCCGAGAGCUACCGAUUCACCUGAGUCGCAUGAAAGCAAGGAGUACGAAGUCGAAGCAUUGUCCGAUAUGAUGUGUUCGCUUGUUACAAACAAUAUCGGAGAGACAAGGUACAUCGGGUCUUCUUCUGGCUUCUCAAUAUUCUCUCCCAGAGGUAUUCAGUGGGUCAAUGAUAAGACAGGCGACUCUUCCUUUCAAGAAAUGAUACAGUCGGCGUAUAUCGAUGACAACAAAUGGAUGUUUUGGAAGCCAGAGAUCUUUAGCGAUAUAUUUGCACGCCGUGUUUUCAAGCCUUUGCCCCCCAAAGAUGAGGCCCUCUCACUCUUUCGGGACUUUUUCGAUAAUUUCAAUUGCCUAUUGCCGCUAUUCCACGAACCCACCUUCAUGCACCUCGUGGAACGCCAAUACUCGCGAGAUCCAUAUGAAGGCUCGGGCUGGUGGGCCAGCAUCAAUGUUGUCCUCGCAAUUUCUCACAGACUAAGGGUAAUGAACCAUCUAGUUCCGCAGGAGGAAGACAAAAAGGCUUGGCUCUAUCUGAAGAAUUCUAUGGGUGUUUUGACUGAGCUUACAAUGAGAAAUACCGAUUUAUUAAGUGUUCAGGCAUUACUGGGAAUGGCUCUCUUCCUACAAGGAACCCCCAAUCCCCAGCCCAGCUUCUUCCUAGUUGCAGGAGCAAUUCGGCUUUCACACAGUAUUGGCUUACACAAGCGAGGCUCUAGUUUCGGUUUAAACCAGGUAGAAAUGGAGCAGCGCAAACGGGUCUUCUGGAUUGCCUAUAUGAUGGAUAGAGAUUUGUGCCUUCGAUCCGGGAGGCCGCCUGUCCAAGAUGACGAUGAUAUGAAUGUCGAACUUCCCAGUGACGAGCCACCUGAUAAUGUCGGCAAUAUUCCGCUUUCCGAUGGCCAAGGCAAAGUCAAUUUAUUCAGAGUCAUGUGCCGAUUUUCUAUCAUCCAGAGUCGGGUAUACAAACGACUUUACUCGGCUCGCGCGGCGAAGCAGUCCGACGGCGAGCUUUUGAACACCAUCGGCGAACUCGAUAAAGAGCUAGAAGAGUGGAAAGAGAGUAUUCCUACUGAUUAUCGCCCGGAACAUGAGAUAAAAGCCACUCACACGCCCUUGUUAUUGCACGUGGUGAUGUUGCAUUUUGCUUACCACAAUUGCCUAACGACCAUACACCGAAUGGCAGUGCAUCAUGGGUACUGGACAAGUCGCCUAUCCAACUACGCCAUCCAAGGCUUGAAUGCAAGGCCUUUGAACCCUCGGGUUUUCUCUUCUGCCAACAUUUGCGUAUCCGCUGCGAGAGCGUCGAUAAAUCUAAUUAAAUACAUACCGCACGGUGACUUUGCUUGUGUUUGGUUGAUAUUGUAUUAUCCUGUAUCUGCGCUUGUUACUCUUUUUGCCAACAUCUUACAAAACCCGCAAGACGCACGCACCCGAUCAGAUAUCAAAUUGAUGGACCUGGUCGUCAACUUUCUCUCCAUGCUGGUCACGGACGAGUCGAACGGCAGCGUCAAACGAAUGUUGAGUGUUUGCGGCGAAUUUGAGAGAAUCGCCAAAGUGGCCCUCGACAAGGCCGAGAAAGAAGCUCAUUCAAAGCGGAAGCGCAAAGUCUCAUCAUCAGAUAAUAAAGCAUCAGUCGGUCACGAAACAGGAAUUCCUAAGAGCCAUAUCACCCCCUCUCCGGACACAGAUGCCUCGACUCCUCCGCCGUCCGCACUGACCAACGCCGCCAACGCUUUCAAUCAAGCUAUGAAUGGCGUCGUGUCUCCUAACCCUAAUAACUUUGUAGCUGCUACCAUGGGCGAUCUCCCUAGUGGCAUGCCUGGAUUCUCCAACGACUUCCAGAAUAUGAUGAAUGCUGGGGCAUUCACACAAGCGCCGUUCCCGGAUCAGACGACAUCAGCAGAUGCAUCAAAUUUUUCCUUCCAACAACCAUUUGUACCACAGGAUCUCUGGCAAAUGCCUAUGACUCUAGAGUGGGACUGGGCCGAUCUAUCUACGUCAAAUAUACCGCCACCAUUUGACCAGCAAGAUAUGUUCGGUGGAGCUAUGCGUAAUGGCCAGUAA